UUCGCAAAAUUGUUCCCAAUUUAUUUUUGACAAUAUUCUCUCUCUCUCUCUCUCUCUCUCUCUGUUGUGAGUGCAUGUAUGAGCGCGUCCGUCGGACGGGAGCGACGACGUCGCAGAUCGGCGGCAGUGAGCCGUUGCCUAAUCUCCCUCAGGUUAACUUGAGAGGACUUAUGUGAACCAAGUUUCGAUCUUGAAUUAGCAAAAGGAGGCACAGGCCACUUCUUGUAGAUUAUGGCUCUUGGCUCUGUUGUAGCUGCUGUUACUGCUCUUGCUCUUCUGAUACUGAUCCGGUUUCUAUACAUUGUGCUUCGGAGUGGAAAGUCGCUUCACGGGAAAUCCCAAAAGCCCUAUAGUACCCUCGUUAUCUUAGGCUCAGGGGGUCAUACGGCUGAGAUGUUGAAUCUCUUGUCUGUGUUGCAGAAAGAUCGAUUUGCGCCUAGAUUCUAUGUUGCAGCUGCCACUGAUACUAUGAGUCUUCAAAAAGCUCGCAUGAUGGAGGACUCCUUGGUUGAUGCGGUAAAGCACUUAUGCUUAUACUUUAAUGAUACAGCUGGGGUCAAGGUAGGGGAAACUGCAAAGUACAUGCAGAUAUACCGAAGCAGAGAGGUUGGUCAAUCGUAUGUAACUUCUGUUUGGACGACUUUACUUGCCACUGCUCAUGCACUAUAUAUCAUGAUUCAACUCAGACCAGAAGUGAUCCUCUGUAAUGGCCCAGGGACAUGCAUUCCACUUUGCAUUAUUGCCUUUGUGUUCAAGGUUCUGGGAAUUAGAUGGUCGUCCAUAUUUUACGUGGAGAGCAUAGCUAGAGUUAGAAGACUGUCUCUAAGUGGCUUGCUUCUGUACAAAUUGAGAGUAGCUGAUCAGUUCUUCGUGCAAUGGCCACAGUUGCAUAGGAAAUAUCCUCGGGCUGAGUAUGUCGGUUGUCUCAUGUAGGUGAUUAAGGUUUUUUGUUUUACACAUGAGGAGAAUCAUAGGUUUCAUUCAAAGCAACAGUUAUGAGGUGGGGGCGGCAUAAAUAUAGACCCAACAGUUUUCCUGCUCAGAAAUAAGAUGCGUUGAAAGAUUUUAUAGGAAGCUCACAGAAAAUGAUGCAUUUGGUACCUCUUGCUUUCAAGAGGAUGUAUUUGGCUCGACAUCUCACGAGAAAAGGGUAUGGUAAGUAUUGGAACAGCGUGAAGGCUAUAGCUAUAAGUACAUGGAUAUCAAUAUUUUGUGUCGAUGUGGUGAACAUUGUGCGUGCUUUUUCGUUUUAAAUUUGCACGGUAGUCUAGCGAAAAAAUGGUUUUUGAUAGUAUGGAUUUGUUUAAGUCCAAUCCAAAUCCAAUCUUUUUGAUUACUUGCCUCAUUCUCUAGAUGAUUUUCAUUAUCUAAUCUGAUGAGUGAAGUUCGGGUACGAACAGUAACUUCCAAUUGGGUUACUUUCUCUA